AUAGGCAUUUAUACGUUAUGCUAAAGUAGUUACGUUUGGUAAUUUACGGUUAAGAAUGGCUCUUCAUUUCCAAAAUUGAGCAAGCACAAGACUAUUGCUGGGCAAAUGAUAUAAUCAUUUUAGAUCAUGUAUGGCUCGCGGGGUCUUUCGGUUGCGAUGUGGCUGCGCAAGCGGGCGCGGGGCCAUUUUGGCCGCCAACGUUACAGAUGGCUUCAACCUCGCAACAUUCUUUUGUGCAUAGGACUUCUAGCUUGCUACUGGCCGUAUCAAUUUUUACGGGAACAUGUCAGGGAAGCUCACGCAGAUUCCUUGCUGCGUGCGGCUCAGUCAGCAGCGUUGCGGCUCAAAUCCUUGCAGCAGGACUCCCUAGUACGUCAAUGCGUCGAUGCUGCUUGGACGGGAAGGAUGCUGGUCGGCGAGUCAUUCGAGGGCCCAUGCAGCCGUGUCAACGAUCUGCUAGCGCUGCUCCGGGCUGCGGGGCCGAUAAUCCCUCUGCACAGCGAUGGGAGAGAGUACAACCGCACGGGCAUUUGCGGCGGUGGCUGCUUUUUCGCUGGCAACGUACGCGACGCGCAGCUAGUGAUGCCAAACUACAUCUACCAUCUAAUCCAUGUGGUCUCAGCACUUGGUGAGCAAGGCAACCCAACCUUCGUAUCCAUCUACGAAAGCGGCAGCCACGACCGCACGACGGGGUGGUUGCGCGUGCUGGGCGACGUGCUGGAUGCGAUCAGUGUCCCUCAUGAGCUACAGCUGGGCGGUUCCAUCCAGCGCCAAAAGGGCGAGGAGCGAAUCCACUUCCUAGCCCGUGUUCGCUCCGCAGCCCUCACACCCCUCUACCAGCAAUGCAGCAUCCGGAGCAUCUUCUGCGCACCCGCCGACGACCCGCACUCCCACUCCCAACACCACUCCCACCUCGCUCGCCCCGGCCGGCAUCUGGCGGCCGGCGGCGCGGGGCGAGUUGUCUUCCUGAAUGAUGUGCUGUUCGCCGCCUCGGACGUUCUGCGGCUGCUGCAGUAUCCCGCGGAUCUGGUGUGCGGGCUGGAUCUGGGUAUGGCUGCGGAGCCUGAUCUCACGCAAGUCGAGCACCAGGAUACGGUGACGGCCUACCUGCAACACCUCUGGAUGCUGCCGGCGGGGCUAGCGCGACGGCUGGCCCGCAUGCAGGCGCUUGAGCGCUGGUGGCGCCGGCAGCACAAGGCGCAUGAGGCACGGUUUCGGAGCUUCGGGCCGUUGUUCUUUUACGAUAAAUGUGUGGCGCGGGACAUCUCCGGCCGCAUGUUCACCAACAGGGCGCCGUACGUGGCGUACGAGCCCAGUAUACGGCGGGUGGCGAUGGGGCAGCCGGUGCGAGUGCAUUGCUGCUGGAACGGGCUGGCGGUGAUUGGCGCCGAGCCGCUGGUUCGGAGGGCCGUACAGUUCCGCGAGCACGUGGAAGGGGAGUGCUCCGCCUCCGAGUGCAGCCUUCUCUGCGACGACAUGUGGCGACUCGGCUACGAUGACGUCAUCAUGGAUCCCAAUGUUCGAGUGACGUACGACGUACCGGGUGCGAGCCGGCUGUACCGGGGUUUCACUGCUGACGUGCCGCUGGGUGUGCCGGGGGUGGCCUACAUGCCGGACGUGGCGGAGGUGCUGUCGCUGCCGAAGCAUGAGGACCUGCUGAGGGAGGCGGGCGGGGCGGACAGCGGGCAGCCCCGCACGCGGCAGGUGGACUGCUGCGACCUGGCCAAGGGGGCGGACAUGGUGGAGUUCCGCGACCCAGGGGUCUGCCACAACGCCACGGUGGUGCUGAGCUAGCAGCGUUGAGCUAGCAGCGUUGAGCUAGCGGCGGUGAGCGCCACGGACGUGUGGUAGUGGGCUGGGUUUCGCCUGCAGUCAGUUCAUCGCGAGGGUAGGCGCCUGGUGGUGUAUGGCCUGGAGGGUUUGGGGCCAACGUGCGGCGAGGUAGCCCAACUCUGCCGCAUGGCUGCCUAGGUCGUUUUGGCCAGAGGAUGGCUCCAUGCCGGAGCUGGUUUCACCAACUUCAGGGGACAUCGUCUUCAACCCUUACCCAUUUUGGGGUGUCCCUGGUGCCUGGCCUCGCGGUUUUCCUCUAAGCCUUAUCGAUCACCCCACCACCAGCAACGGAGUGCGUCCCGCCAAGCUUGGGGAGAACGGUCAUCCGGACAGGAUCUGCGUCCUGCAGUCAUUGGCCAAUGCCGACCCAGACAUGGAUGCCAUCUGGCGGCUCACCCGGGAACUCCCCCUCUACUUCCGCCCUCUGAAUUCAUGGCUGGCCUACCCUUCAGGCACCUAUGCACCGUGGAACGCACAAGCAACGCUAAUCAGCGCCGAGCUUAUUGCUGGCAUGGCUCUUCCGGUGACCGUACACGGCCGCGUCAGCGAUAUUUGGCGUUCGUACAUCCUUCAACGUGCCAUGUGGGGCCUGGGUUGCGGCCUUGCCUUUUCCGCGCCCUGGGUCACGCAGUACCGUAAUGUGCACGCUUACCUCAAGGACUUCCAAGCCGAGCUGGACCUGUACCUCAAGACGGAGGGGCUGCUGCAGGUGCUCAAUGCGGUUGACCUGGACGGUACCACCGCGGGAGGUCCCCACAGGAGGCUGGAGCGGUUGGGAGCGCGUGUGCUGACGCUGUACAUUGCCCUGUACGAGCAUGGUCUGCUGGAGGGGGACGACGUUCUCAUGUUGUACUCGUACCUCACUGAUCUGGGUCAGCUAACGGCAACGGAGCUGGUAGCGGUGCGGGCGGUGCUCAGUGCGCCCUCCUCCACCGCCGUCGCUGUCGCCACAAGCCAACCCGCAGUCCCGUCGCAGCAGCAGCGGGCAGCCGUCUGCGUCACCGGGCAGUUCCGGGGAGGCCCGUUUCCAUGGACCAGCAUUCAACGCAACGUCUUGAACGCCCUCGACAUGGCGUACGAUGUGUUCGUGGUGUCUCCGGCGGAGUAUAAGGGUCAGGCCGCGAGCGAUUUCCUUUACCAGCUAAAACCGCACGUGGUGCUGCACCCCGAUUAUGCGAUUGUGGAGGAGCUGAUUAAGCUGGAUGGCUGGGACCUAACGGGCUUCACCGCCCCGCAUAAUCCCAAGAAGUGGCUGUUCCAGAUAGCGGACUUGAAGGUCUGCGCCGAUGCAAUCAAGAACUCCUCUAUUACCUACACCCAUGCUGUCCGUGUUCGCGCCGACUCCAUGGUUCUCACCCGCCUGCCGGAGGCCAUGCCAAAGCUGCAAGUAAAGGAUGUGGUGGUUCCCGCGAAUGAGAGUUUCGAGGGAGUGAAUGACAGGUUUGCGUACGGCGGCAUUGACGCAAUGAUGUCGUAUCUGACCGUUCUCGACGUGAUUCCCGGCAUGCUGGCAGAUUUGGUCGCUAAGAAGGACCCACCGCCGGCCUCUAGGAACGCGGAGGGGAUCCUGCAAGCGCAGUUGGAGCGUAAUAAGGUUGUUGCCUUGCCCCGGGUGGUCAUGUUGUGCCGUCUGGAGGAGUAUGUGAGCGGGAAGUUGCGAUGUGACGAGCAUGACUAUGCAACGUUUCCGGAGUGCAAGCAAGCCUGCGAUGAAUUGAGUGGGCGCCGCUAGUACAUGCGUAUGGCGUUGUGUAGUGUAGUAUUUAUGAAGUUGUUGCGAGUCUGGCUCCCUCCACAGGGCUUCCGUGCAGGUGGAUUGCGUGGCUUGAGUUGACUUGGUGUGUUUGGCAACGGCUUGUGCAGUUGUCUGCGUCUUUCUUUGCUCAUGACUCGUGAACAUACGAAUGGACAAUUCAUACACUGCUUACAGUGGCACAAACGUGCCAUCUAGCGCAUCUUAUGUCCGGACAUAUGCUAGUAUGACAAUGUUUAAUGGUCACCGGGCAAGGGCCAACCUUCGACAAUGCCUGUUUUUGCGUAUUCGCUAUUCGUGUUUUCGGAGCCUUCUGGAGGCCAGCCCGCUGGGGGUAAAGAGGAGACGUUGAUGAGCUGGAUGUGGAGGCUGCAUGGUUGACUAGCCCGCUGGGGGGGGGCAGAGUCACAAACACGGCUUGCGCGCACAAUGUUGCAGUGCUGUCGCUGCCGCUGAAGUGCGCCGUGCACCUUAAUCAAUAUCAUGCCGUUAACUGACGUGGUCUGGUCAAAUCACCUGUGCUGUGGCUUGGCUAUUGGUAAGAUACCCAUGGGUCGCACGGGCGUGGUAGGGGGGUCCGAGUGUGGCGGCAUCUUGCAGCAGCGGUGUUUGCAGCAGCAGGGAUUCUUAGGGUGGUGCUCAUCGCUAUCUACAUGUGUUGGCGUGGAGGGCCAGGGACCUGCGCCGGGUACUCUGGGGCCGUGUCCAUGUUGAGUGGGACACGUGGGUCGAAAAUCGUCGCGUUUUGCUUUGGUCUCACCAGCUCGAGGUCUGGUGUUUUGGAAACGUUGGUAGGCGAGCCGCUGCAUUCUUAAUUUUUUUUGCCAGCUGUGUGUCGGGCUUGGGCGCAUCUUGAGCGGCGCCUCUGGAGGGCAACAUGGCCUAUAGUCGGGCACAGGUCCAGGGCAGGGCCAGGAUGGG